AUGGCUUACGUCCUAGUUACACUAUUUUGUGUGUUUGCGGCACUGGGUUCAUUCUUGUUUGGCUAUGACUCGGGAAUCAUUUCGUCGACUAUAGAACAGCACGCUUUCGUGGAGAGAUUCGGGUCUCCCGAUCUAUCAGAUGCAGUCAGCGGUGGAAUAAUAUCUUCCUAUACAGGAGGUGCUAUUGUGGGAUCGUUACUGGCGCCAUCCAUUUCGGACUAUGCAGGUCGGAGAAUUGUCAUAUUCAUCGGGGGGCUGCUGGCUACCCUCGGUGCUGCACUCCAAGGGGGAGCCAUUGCUAUUUCGAUGCUGAUCGCUGGUCGACUCAUCGCCGGUCUUGCAAUUGGACUCAUGUCCGCUACUAUUCCCGUAUACUGCAGUGAAAUUGCACCGCCUCGCAUUCGUGGGUUGCUGGCAAGCAUGCAACAAUGGAUGAUUGGUUUGGGUAUCGUGGUCGCUCAAUGGGUUGGUUAUGGAUGCUCGCGCUAUACCGGUGAUUUCGUUUGGAGGUUCCCUCUGUCCUUACAGACAGCGCCUGCUAUUAUAUUAACAUGCGGUGCCCUAUUUCUUCCCGAGACACCUCGUUGGCUCAUUGAGCACGGAGAAGAAGGUGCUGGUCGCUCAGUACUCGUUGGCCUUCAUCUAAAUCGAGAUGCAACAAACAUUCAGCUAGUCGAGAAGGAGUUAACCCAGAUUCAUGAAAGCCUCUCCUACGAGCAACGGGCGGUCGUCCGCUCGUGGCGGCAGCUUCUUUCAUCGCCUCAAUGGCGAUAUCGCGUUCUUCUCGCCUGUGGCCUACAAGCUUUCACGCAAUGUUCUGGUGCAAAUGUCAUCCAGAACUAUGGGCCUCGUCUCUAUGAGUCUCUAGGCCUUUCUACCUCGAAAUCACUCAUGAUAAUCGGAAUCUGGGGUGCGCUGGCGCAACUCUGGAAUACUCUCUUCAUGGUUUUCAUUGACAAGGUUGAACGACGAAAGUUGCUGAUUCCAUCUCUGCUGGGCAUGGGCGCAGCUAUGUGUGUUGGAGCAACGCUAGCACGGUAUAUUGAUUUCAGCGACAUUUACGCCAACAAGGAUGCGCUUCGUGCCGCGAUCGCAAUGUUCUUCGUCUUCUCUUUCUUUUUCACGGCUCUAGGCCUUAUAUCUUGGGUCUAUCAAUGCGAGAUAUUUCCAACGACUAUGCGAGCUCGCGGAUCAUCGGUUGCCACUGCGGCAAACUGGAGUAUCAACCUUAUCUUCACGCAAUGCUCGCCCAUUGCACUUACCAAUAUCGGAUCAAAGUAUUUCUACUGCUUUGUUGCAUUCAAUUGGGCUGCUAUGUUGAUUGUUUGGAUAUGGUACCCUGAGACUGUGGGCCGAUCUCUUGAAGAGGUUGAAGAAGUCUUCAUUCGUGAACCAUUGACACAGCCAGAAGUUGUUUCUCUCACACCUAGCCCUGAAACCACGCGACCUCGACCACACAAGAAACAUAAAGGCAUGGAUCCUUUAUGGAUGCAUCCGGCAAACGGAAGUUGGAGUAGCCGCAGCAAUAUCUCACCUCAGCUAUCGUGCAAGAAGUUGCAGGAUGUGUAA